AUGAAUGUCGAUAAGGGGAAUUUGAUCAUGUGUUUCCCGCUCAUCUCACCGGCGAUUGACCCCAUAAUCCGACAUCUCAUUUCCCGCAUCUGGGAUGCGCCAGCAAAUGUCAUUACCAGCUCCGAUACAGCGCUCUGGACCUCUCAGACCCUAGACCUCGGUGCAGCACCCCCAACUGAAAGGUCGCGAUUUCAUACAUUCUCCGGGUGGCGGACAAGUCCUCUCGAGUUGAAAGAAGUGACCAACAUGCUGUUACUACAUCAAGUCGGCAGUGUUCGCGUUGGAGAAGUCGUUCGUUACACGAUUACAUACACACCAGCGGCCGACCCAAUCCUGCCCAUUCCUUCGGAUCUCCAUGUGAGGGUGAAGAACACAUCUGCCAUCCCUUUGCGUGCCGCAUACCUGCAUGGCCCGUACACGCUAUACGCCGCUUGCUACCCCUCACAGUUCGAUCCCAACACGAAGUACGAGCGAGAGGAUGUCGAGGGUACACCCCAGUAUGAGCCCUACCUUAAAGCCGGAGGCGGUUGGGACGCUACCAUCACCGUGCCGGCCGAAGCGCAAAAGCUUGGCUCUUUGGGUCAAGGUGGGCCGGAAAGUGGACAAAGUAUCACCUGGAUCGUCGAGAUAUCGUCCCAAGUGAUAUUCUCUGCUAGUGCAGCGGUUGGUUUCGAGCUUUUGGUGGGACGCGAUGCAAAAUCGCUGGCAUAUUUCUCGGGUGGUGCUUGGAGCAGCCAAAGCGGACCUCCGGGAAAGCUGCAAGAUCAUUGGACACCUGAAACGAGAGGUAGCCAGGUACUUGCCUCUAAAGGUGUAUACUCGAGAGCAAUUGCUCUUCGCAUAGAUGAUACCGCAAGUUUAUGGAAUUCCCCACCAUUGCAAUCGGCGGAGCAAGCGGCCAAAAAUCCCGAACCAGAGGGUCAGGAUACGCAGCCUCUGCCUGCUCAUGAAGGACCGGAGGACAAUACGGAAGCUUCAAAGAAAAGUAUCAAGAAGAAAAAGGUCCAUCUGGUCUUAUUGACACAUGGGUUGCACAGUAAUCUCGGUACAGAUAUGCUCUAUUUGAAAGAAAGCAUUGAUGCAGCCAUGAGAAAACCUCGAGAAAAGACAACACACUCUGAGAUGGAACAGGAUAAGCAGUCAACCGAUGACCUUGACGAUGCCGACGAUGAACAGGUCAUCGUCCGAGGGUUCUCUGGUAAUGCCGUUCGCACUGAGCGUGGAAUUCAAUACCUUGGCAAAAGACUGGCCAAAUACGUCCUACUCCUCACAUAUCCCGAUCAACCAUAUUUCCCUCUGAAGGGCGCGAAGUCGAACCCGUUCACUCGGCCAUUCAGUCCUCGCAAGGACCGAGAUGACACCUCUCAUUCAGCUGAAUCGGCCGCCCACGAAAUCCCGGGUGAUGGUCAUGCAUAUCAAAUUACCAGCAUUAGUUUUAUUGGACAUUCCCUUGGAGGUCUGAUUCAGACCUAUGCCAUUGCAUAUAUCCAAAAGCACUCGCCUGAAUUCUUCGAGAAGAUCCGACCUGUCAACUUUAUCGCUCUCGCAAGCCCUUUUCUUGGUCUCAGCAAUGAGAACCCAAUGUAUGUUCGAUUUGCUCUUGACUUUGGUCUAGUCGGUCGUACUGGCCAGGAUCUCGGCCUGAGCUGGACGGCACCGAAAGUUCGGAGUGGCUGGGGUGCUAUCAUUGCUGGAAAAGGCGAAUCUGCAAAAAACCCUGGUAAUUCGGAUCCAGGUUCCAAGCCGCUUUUACGGAUUCUCCCUUGUGGUCCUGCCCACGAGGUUCUUAAGAAGUUCCAGCAUCGCACAUUGUACUCCAAUGUGGUAAACGAUGGGAUUGUUCCUUUGCGGACGUCUUGUCUUCUGUUCCUUGACUGGAGAGGUUUGGAUCGUGUUGAGAAGGCAAGGAGGGACAAUGGGCUUGUCGGAACUAUGGCCGAAUGGGGUUGGGCAGAGUUGACAGGCGCCAAUUCUAAAUCCCCGCGAUUCUGUCGCUCGGGCGAUGAUCCGCUCGUGAACAGUACUCAGCACAGUGAGUCUGAGGUUCCCCAGAGACAGGGCAACAACUUGGACCAGACCACUUCCCCGAGACCGGGACAGUUCCUGGUACAGAAUCGCAUUCCAGAGGGUGAAGUGUUGACAGGAAGUGCCCCCCUCGGUCCGUUGGACAGCUUUAUGUCACUAUUUCGCCCAAAAGAAGGCAAGGCACCGCCUAGCGGCAAGAAUGCUAAGAUUUACAAGCGUAGCCAGACCUUAGCCUCUUUUGAGACUGGGGACGAUAAUGGCGCCGACAAAGGGCCAGUCACCCAUGACCAGUCCUCAAAUGAGCACGAAAGGGUGCACACGCCUCCGAAAACGACCUUUUUCGAGUCUGCGGGAGACUUGCUAAUGCCACCUCUACCACCCCCAGAGUUCAUUCUGGACCCUGCCUCGCGACCUCGAACAAUCUUCCAUGAUCGUAUUUAUCAUCCCGGGGAUAUACCACCGCCUUCUCCGGUAAAGCGACGCACAUUCGCAUUUAGUUCGCCACAGAAACAGCAAUCACAAUCGGCACCCAAUCAGCAUCCCCCUGCUAGCAUAGCGGGCAGUGAGAGUGGCCUCAAGGUCGAGGAAAAGAUUGCGCGAGCCUACCACCGUGAUCUAUCUUGGCGCAAGGUUCUUGUGCGACUUGAACCAGACGCACACAACAACAUUAUUGUGAGACGCAUGUUCACGAACGCUUACGGCUGGCCUGUUGUGAAACACUUGGUUGAUACGCAUUUCAGCCACGUGCCCACUUUGGACGUGGACGAUUCUCAUAAACAAGGUGUGGAGAGGGCCAAGCCUCCAAAUGUCGGCCCGACUAGUUCGGGUGAUGAAGUUGAGGGACAGUCCGGUGCUGCCCAGACACUUUCCGUGGGGGAUAACGACAACUUGCCUGAAGUAUCGCCGCUUCAGAUAUCGGACGAUCAAUCGUCUGGUCAGGCCGACCCUUUCUCGACCGAAUACGAAUCUCGGAUCAGCACUGGCGAAAGAAUCUGCGUGUCGAGGCAGGAUUCCGCGCGAUGGACUGAUCGUGAGAUUGACGAGGAUGACAGCGGGUCCGGCUUCGAAGAGGAAACUAACGCUGGUUUCCGUUGGGCUCAAGAAUGA